AAUAAGUCCAUCCAUGAAAUUUCCUUGCUACUAAAUAUUCUACAGUCAACUGUUAGUGGUAUUAUGACAAAGUGGAAGCAAUUGGGAGCAACAGCAACUCAGCCACAAAGUGGUAGGCCACGUAAAAUGACAGAGCGGGGUCAGCGCAUGCUGAAGUUGACAGUGCUCAGAAGUCGCCAACUGUCUGCAGAGUCAAUAGCUAAAGACCUCCAAAGAUCAUGUGGCCUUUAGAGAGCUUCAUGGAAUGGGUUUCCAUGGCCGAGCAGCAGCAUCCAAAUCUUACAUCAUCAAGUGCAAUGCAAAGCGUUGGAUGCAGUGGAG